AUGCCACCGAAAGGGAAGGGCGGUACGCCGCGGACGAAGACGUCGAAGGGAGCCGAGAAGAAGCCCGUCACCCGCAAGCAGUCAUCUACCGACACCUGCGCGCCGAAGACGCUGCCGACGCAGACCCUCACCCGCACCAAGAGCUUUUUCAACUUGGCGAUCCAGCCAGAGUACCAGGCGCUCGUCACGCAGUUCGUGAUCAUGUCUCUCGACAAGACGAUGCUGCAGCUGCGGACCGAGUUCCUCAACCACAAAAGAGUUGCGGACAAGGCGGAUACGGUGGCGUUCCUGCAGAACCAGCCGAAGAAUCGCUACAAGGACGUGCCGUGCCUCGACAACUGCCGGGUCAAGUUGACGGGCGUCGAGAACGACUACAUCCACGCCAACUACGUGUCGACGCCGAAGAGCGACAAGCGCUUCAUCUGCUGCCAGGCGCCGAUCACCGAGACGCAGGCCGACCAUUGGAGGAUGGUCGUGCAAGAAAAAGUCGAGCACAUGCUCAUGCUGUGCAACUUCAUCGAGGCGAAGCCCAAGUGCACCGAGUACUUUCCGACGCCGGCCGAGCGGGAGAAGACGUUCGGCCCGUUCACCAUCACGUUGAUCUCCUGCGAUAAGAUAAAAUGGGAAGGCACCUCGACGGCCGUCGUGAUGAUGUCGACGUUGAAGAUCAAAAAGGAUGGGGUGAAGGUGCACGACUGCACCCACUAUCACUGGAUCGACUGGCCGGACCGCGGCGUGCCCAAGCCCGACCUCGCUCCCUUCGAAUUGCUCAGCAGGAUGGCAGGCUCGACGAUGCCCAUCCUCAUUCAUUGCUCGGCGGGCAUCGGACGGACUGGCGCUCUCGUCCUGUUGCAGUACACUCUCGAGGCGAUGAACAAGGGCCAGCCGGUCAAGUCGAUGGCGGACUUCUUGCUUAAGGUGCGCGAGCAGCGUGCGAACUCGGUGCAGACUGACGCUCAGUACGUCUACGUCCACAUGAUGCUCCUCAACUACUUCCAGAAGGAGGGCCUGAUUGUGGAUGGUACGCUGCAGAAGAAGUUCAAGGACCACUUCGCACCGAAUUACCACAAGUUCGCCGCGGCCGCCGAGACAAAGCUGGACGACAAACCGAAGAAGAAG